CGCAUGAGAUCAAAUCCAUCAGACACAUUCAACAUGCGCUUCUCGGUCGUAUUUGUCCUCGCCGUCCUCGGCUGCCUCCUGUUCAUCCAGGAGGGCAGUGGUGCCUCAUCCAGUAGCACGGAUGCGACCACAACCACCACCGCCUCCUCCGCCACGACCACCACCACCGACGCCACCACCACCACCACCGUCGCCUCAGACACCAGCACGACCACCAAAUCUUCCAAAUCCUCUUCCUCGGCGGCUGCCAAGAGGCGCAGGCGUGCCCGCCGUCGCCGUCUGGCCAGGGAGCGCCAGCGUCGGGAGCGAAGGAGACAGCGCAGGACUGAGAGGCUGCGCAAUCAGCUGGAGAACCAGCGUCGCCAGAUAAAACGGCUGCGUGGAUAAAGAUCGCUGCGGAAACAUCUCUCUUUUCUUUAAAGCAAUUGAAUAUAUUUAAAAGGCUAAUUUCUUGGAUUUGUUACAUUUGUGCCGGUAGCAAAGUAGCAAAUUCUGAUGGUAAAGUUAAUAACGAAAAAUUACCACUUGAAAUAAAAAAAUUAUGGCUAUACAUUGUA